GUCCGGCCAGGACUGCGGCGUCCCCUGCUGGUCCGGGCCGCCGGCCCCGCGACCGCUGCCCUCCGUCCGUCUCUCGGUACCGGCCGUCUUCCCGCCGCCCGACCUCUCGGCGGCGGCGGCAGGCUCAGCUGACGAGCGGACCGAGCCGGCCGCCGGCGGUGACCCGGUGACCUCUGGACGGCCCGGGGCGACGGCAGGGGUCGAGACCAAACGCAGCCCAGCGGCGCAGUACACGCACUACCCGGCCCGGUUUCAGAGCGAACAGUAUAAGGUGUGUCAGCCGUCGUCUGGCCAGAUCGUGCAGUUUCUGCGGGCGCUGCACGCCGCCCGCCGGGGAGAGUCCAACCAACUGGCCACGCUCUGUGGCACCACGCGGCCCGUGGACGGCAUUCAGACCAACAUGAGGUUCUUCGGUGAGUCCGCGGCCCGCCUGUGCCGUCCCUCUACCGCUAUGCCGCGCACGGUGUCGGCCGCACAGCUGGCCGCGCUGCAGCGACACCCAGACCGCGUGCGCAACAUCUGCAUCCUGGCGCAUGUCGACCACGGCAAGACGACGCUGGCUGACGCUCUGGUGGCCAGCAACGGCGUCAUCUCGCCGCGGCUGGCCGGCCGGCUGCGCUACCUGGACAGCCGGCCCGACGAGCAGCGGCGCGGCAUCACCAUGAAGAGCUCGGCGAUCGCGCUGCACCACACCGACCCGGCCGGCCAGCACCAGCUGGUGAACCUGAUCGACUCGCCGGGCCACGUGGACUUUUCGUCGGAGGUGAGCACGGCGGUGCGGCUGUGCGACGGCGCGCUGGUGCUGGUGGACGUGGUGGAGGGCGUGUGCGCCCAGACGGAGGUGGUGCUGCGACAGGCCUGGACCGAGGGCAUCCGGCCCGUGCUGGUGCUCAACAAGAUCGACCGGCUGGUGCUGGAGCUGGGCCUGACGCCGCUCAGCGCGCACGUCCACCUGACGCAGGUGCUGGAACAGGUGAACGCCGUCAUGGCUGAGCUGUUCACCACUGAGUUCCUGGAGCGGCCGGCCGCCGCGCCGCGGCCCGACCCCUCCCCGGCCGACGCCGAACAGGACCCGGCCACCCGAGACGUGUCCGACUGGUCCACCGGCCUCGAGGACGCCGACGACUCGAGCGUCUACUUCUCACCAGAUGCCGGCAACGUGCUCUUCGCCAGCGCCUACGACGGCUGGGGCUUCGGCAUCCGCCACUUCAGCCGCAUCUACAGCGAGAAACUCGGCAUCCGCGAAGAGGUACUCAACAAGACGCUCUGGGGAGACUUCUACCUCAACGCCAAGACCAAGCGGAUCAUGAAGGGCGCCCAGGAGAAGGCCAAGGUGCCGCUGUUUGUCCAGUUCAUCCUGCAGAACGUGUGGGCCGCGUACGAGGCGAUCGCCGUGCGCCGCGAUAAAGAUAUGACCGAGAAGAUAAUCUCCAGGCUGAAGCUGACCGUGUCGCCGCGAGACAUGCGCUCGACCGACCCGCGCGUCCAGCUACAGGCUGUGUUCUCGCAGUGGCUGCCGCUGGCGCCGGCUGUGCUCGAUAUGGUGGUGGCGCGCCUCCCGGCCGCGUCCAGUCUCUCCGAGGAGCGCGCCGAGCGCCUGCUGGCUGGCCGCGGCGUUGAGUUCGACCAGCUGCCGGACGAGACCCGCGCGCUGCGCGAGCUCUUCACGCGCUGUGACGCCGCCGAGGAAGCCCCCGUGAUCGUGUUUGUGUCCAAGAUGGUGGCCGUGGACCGGAGCGAGCUGCCGGAGAAUCGCGCCCGUCCGCUGACUGCUGAGGAGAUGGAGCGCCGCCGCGAGGAGGCACGCCGCAGACACGCGGAGCGGGCAGCCGCCGCCGCAGCCGCAGCAGCCGAGGGAACGCCCGACAACGACGCAUCGGCGGGCGUGCCGCUGUCGGAGGAGCAGGUAGCGGCGCUGCGCCAGUCGGCCGCCGCCGCUGAGCAGACCCCCGAGCCGGCCGCCGCCGACCCCAAGGAAGUGUUUGUGGCGUUCGCGCGCGUGUUCUCCGGCACACUGCGACCCGGCCGGCGACUGCUGGUGCUGGGACCCAAACACGAUCCUGCCGCUGCGCUGCAGGAGCUGGCAGCGGCCGGUGCGGUGGCCACGGCCGCCUCCCUGGCCGAGCUGGCGGCCGGACAGCACAUCACUGAGUGCACGGUGGGCCCGCUCUACCUGCUGAUGGGCCGCGCUCUGGAGGAACUCACCGAGGCGCCGGCCGGCUGCGUGGUCGGCAUCGGCGGCCUGGCAGACCACGUCCUGAAGUCAGCCACACUCGCCUCCACGCCGGCGUGCCCCGCCUUCUCGGAACUUAGCUCUGCCGUAGUGCCGAUCGUGCGCGUGGCCGUGGAGCCGGCGCGGCCGGCCGACCUGCCGCGACUGGUGGCCGGACUGCGGCUGCUGAACCAGGCGGACGGCUGCGUGCGAGUCACCGUGCAGGAGAGCGGCGAGCACGUGCUCACCACGGCUGGUGAGGUGCACCUGCAGCGCUGUCUGGACGAUCUCCGAGAGCGGUUCGCCGGCGUUGAAAUCAAUGCCUCCGAGCCGAUCGUGCCGUUCCGAGAGACAAUCGUCGAGCCGCCCAAGACGGACAUGGUGAAUGAGGCGAUCGAGGAGCGGGCCGAGGACCCGGAGUCGACGGGGGGACUGGUGGAGGUCACCACGCCGGGCCGACGCGCCGUGCUGGCCGUGCGCGCCGUGCCGCUGCCGACAGAAGCCACCGAGCUGCUGGACGCGAACGCCGAGCUGCUGGCGAGUCUGCUGCGGCGGCGGCAGCGGGAGACUGCAGAGACGGACGCCGCCGCCGGCCGGCUGCGUCAGCUCUCCGAGUCGGCCGCGGACGGAGAGGCCGACGGCGAGCCCGAGAAGAGCGAGACGGAGCUGAGCGAGAAGAACCGCCGCGAGCUGCACGAGCUGCUGGGCCGCGAGCAGCGCGCUGCGCCGGCAGCGGCGGCCGUGAGCUGGAGCCGCGCGCGCCGCUGCCGAGACGAGCUGCGCCGCCGGCUGGCCGCCGCAGACAGCCCGCUGGUGCCACUCGUGGACCGCGUGUGGAGCUUCGGACCGCGCCGCUGCGGGCCGAACCUGCUCAUCAACGCGACCUCCGAGUAUAGCCGGCCGUCGGUGUGGGAGCCGUCGGCUGAGGGGGCCAGUGAUCCCACCGGUCCGAUGGCUGCCUUCGACGACAGCGUGGUGCACGGCUUUCAGCUGGCGACGGCGGCCGGCCCGCUAUGCGAGGAGCCGAUGCGCGGCGUCUGUUUCCUGGUGGAGUCCCUGACCCUGCAGCCUGCGGACGAGGAGGACGGUGUGGGCGCGCACGGUCCGCUCAGCGGCCAGAUCAUGUCGGCGGUGUCGACCGCGUGUCGGCGGGCGUUCCAAGCGCAGCCGCAGCGCCUAAUGGCGGCCAUGUACCGCUGCCAGGUGCAGGUGACCGGCCAGGCGCUGGGCCGCAUGUACUCGGUCAUCGGCCGGCGCGGCGGACGGAUACUGCACGGAGACCGCAACGAGGGCUCGCACAGCUUCAGCGUCACCGCCUACGUACCGGUGGUGGAGAGCUUCCGUCUGGCGCAGGAGCUGCGGAAGGGGACGUCGGGUCUGGCGCUGCCGCAGCUCGUGUUCAGCCACUGGGAGACGCUCGACACGGACCCGUUCUGGGUGCCCACCACCGAGGAGGAGUACCUGCUCUACGGACAGAAGGCAGACACAGAGAACGCCGCGCGGCGACACAUGAACGCCGUGCGCAGGCGCAAGGGGCUCGCCGUCGACGAGAAGAUUGUGGAGUUUGGAGAGAAACAGCGGACACUAGCCAGGAAAAAAUAGGCGCGGAAUGGGCGGCAAUAACAAUCAGGAGGUGGGAGUCAGGGAGGGAUUGGUAAAUCGUUUUAUCCGCCGCCAGGGCCGUCUAGGGGCCACUGCCGAGCGUGAUGUUUUCGUGCCUUGGUCAACACCGGGGCGGGUUUCGAUUGUGAUGUCACUGUGACCGUCCCGGGAUCAGCCAGGCGGGAAUGAUUUUACGAAAGUGGUUUGUUGUUGUUGGGGCCUACCUCGAUGGAUCGCAUCGUCUAUUUAAUAUACGGUGACAGAGAA